UGUUUUCCACAACCACUUAAUGAGACAGAAUAGUUCCUACAGUUCCAGAAUGGUGCUAAUUGUGUAUCCCUGAGGUUCAAAAAUACAAUCUGACACAGCCGUCAAAAAUAGGCUACUGUUACAGCCAAGCAACAUGACACUAGCAUGCUCAGGUCUCCGGGGUGUAGGGAUAGUAAGCACUCGGAUGAUGAGACCCCCUGUCUAUUCAUAGCUCUUUUGUUUGACUUUAAGGCCAGUUGUCACGAGCCAGUGGUUGUGCUUUAUUCCUGUCCAUGCACAGUGCACUCCACAAUCACACGCUGCAGUCAACGAGAAAGGAUGUGGAAGAGAAAGAAAGAAUGGUUGAUCAAGCCUCCCAAGGAGUACCCUUUGGAGACAAAGUACAGGCCUGUGCUCGAGAGCCUGAUCCCCCCAGACCCCAUGACCAAGCUUAAACUGAAGAGGGGUUGUCCCAAAGAAGAGUUCCCUAGUCUGGAUAGAAACUACACCUGCAUGGCCCGUGUGCUUGAUCUACAUAUGUACACACGCCAGUUCAACCGGGCCACCGAGAGUGGAGUCAUCUUUGAUGACAUCAUUCGUCCAGGCCUGGAGGACCUAGGAACACGUACAGGACCCUUGACUGUAGGUUGCUUAGCCGGUGAUGCACAGUCCUACAUUCUCUUCUGUGACUUUUUUGAACGCAUUAUUGAAGCCUACCACAGCUACAAGGUGCUCGGGCACAUUACGCAAAAGAGUGACUUCAAUUAUGACAACCUCAAGGGAGGUGAUGACUUUGACCGAGCGUAUGCUGUGAGCUGCGAGGUGAGCGUGUCUCGGUGCAUUGAGGACUUCUGCUUCCCAACACACUGCAGCCGAGGGGAACGGAGACAUCUCCUCACACUGGCCAAAAAAGCUCUGGACCAACUUAGUGAAGAACUCCCAGGCAAGCUUUACUCAAUGGACGAGCUCAACCAAGAGACAGAAGAUAAAGGGCUUCUUCUGGAUGCCCCACCCAUCACAUUAAUGAAGACCGGUGUGGCCCGUGAUUGGCCUGAUGCACGGGCACUGUGGAUGUGUGCAAAUGGUAGCCUGGGAAUUUGGAUAAACAUGGAGGACCAUCUGAAACUGGUGUCUUCCAGAAGCGAUGCCAAUAUCCAGGAGGCAUUUGCAUCUGUAUGCAUCAAUCUAGUAAAGUUGGAGGCAAUUUAUACUAAACUAAGGCACCCAUUUAUCUGGAAGCCUCACUUGGGCUGGGUGGUGAGCUCGCCCGCAGAGGUGGGCACCGGGCUGAAGGCCAGUGUCACUAUCAGGCUGAUACACCUGCCUGAGCACAUACACCUGCACAACAUCCUGGACAGACUGAGACUUCGCAUGGAGGCAGACAACUCAGAUGGAUUGUACAAAAUAAGCAACCAACAAACCAUCGGACUCACAGAAGUGGAGUUCGUGCAGCUCGUGGUGGACGGGGUUAAACUUCUCAUCAGGAUUGAGAAGAGACUGGAGGACAAUGCGGGCAUCGAUGACCUGGUGCCUGCACAGAAGUAGAGUCACAGCCCAGCUCCAGGACAUGUUUUACGGAGACUAGAUGCACUGAGCGUCGUGACGCAUCGUAGUACCUCUGCUCACGGAGAGUUUUCACAAAGCUAUGCAUUAGUUCAAUCAUGUUGUUAAUAAAUGAUAAUAUAAUAACAAUUUUGUUAUUGUUUAAUUGGAUUUGAAUUUAUGUGGAACCCAUUGCUCCACUGUAUGUACAGGCUAUUCAUUAAAAUACAUUACAGCACUGUUAAUUAUCAAAUGGUCAGACGCGGUUGAUCGCUUUUCUAUUACAGCGGCUCUGACAGUAGGGUAAUGUUAAUGGGCUCGUUCAAUAUGUUAUCAUUUCUAUAGUGAGUAUCUUAUAGUAAACAGGGGCUUGAGUCAGACGAUCCACAUAAUCUAAAACUAAUGAUUAGAUUUUUAUUUAACAACAACAAAAACCAUAUAAACAUUGCUUGGACGAAUAUUUCUGUAAGGAGAGAUUUAUUUCAGUGCUUUGAGGUGAAAAUGUUCCUUCUUAGUGUAGAGUUUUCCACCGUGGGCAAGUCUUCCAUACAGAGCGCUUCGUGCUUUAUAGUUUUUAAGUUAUGUGACAAGCGGGAUUUUUAUUUUUGUCACAGAGAGAGAGAGAGAGAGAGACACACACAGAGAGAGAGAGGGAGGGAGAGAGAGAGACACACAGAGAGAGAGAGAGAGAGAGGGAGGGAGGGAGAGAGAGAGAGAGAGAGAGAGAGAGAAUGAUUUUAACUGUUAUAACAAAAGUUAACUUGUUUUGUGGACGUUCCACAACAUUACAUGUAACUAUAAACAGAUAUAAACUGAUGUUGUAUAAAAAAAAAUGGAAUCAUUGACA